UGUGUGUGUGGAGCGCAGUCACGUGGAGGAGCUCGCGUCCACCUCGGUUCUGUCCAAACAGAACGUGAGCAGUCUGUCUGUUGGAGCGCCGCUCGGUGCUAAACUGAUUCAUGUUGUUUUUUUAGCCACGCGUCCCUUUAAACUAGACUAUUGUAUCGAAGAAUGAGUGACAACGAUGAUAUCGAAGUCGAUAGUGACGAAGACUCACCGAGAUAUCACUGUGUGGCAGACAAACGGGCACACCACAAUGCCCUGGAGCGCAAACGUAGGGACCACAUCAAAGACAGCUUUCACAGCCUUCGGGACUCUGUACCCGCCCUGCAGGGAGAAAAGGUUGGCAAAGCUCAGCCUGCAAGUCCUCCAGGCACACGAUGUUCCGGCUCCCAUCUGUCUAUACAACAGGCGUCUCGAGCUCAAAUCUUAGACAAAGCUACAGAGUACAUCCAGUACAUGAGGCGAAAAAAUCACACACACCAGCAGGACAUCGACGACUUGAAGAGGCAGAACGCGCUGCUGGAGCAGCAAGUCCGCGCUCUGGAAAAGGUGAAGGGCUCCGCCCAACUCCAGGCCAGCUACUCCUCGUCUGACAGCAGCCUGUACACCAACCCCAAAGGCAGCGCUGUGUCGGCGUUCGACGGAGGCUCCGACUCGAGCUCCGAGUCGGAGGCCGAGGAGCCGCCCAACAGGAAGAAGCUGCGUGUGGAGGCCAGCUAGAGGGCCGAGCAGUUAAAACCUGGUCACGGUUGGAGGCGGCGCCCCCCCCCCCCCCCCCCCCCCCACCCACCCACCUCCAGCCACCCUCACCGUCCUCCUCGUUCUCCCUCCUCCAUAUGUGGGUGGGUCGCACUGGAGACUCAUGACCCCACUAACCUCACGCCGCCACCACAAAUGUCUCUUUCCACCCGAUCUCUAAGAACCGGAUUGAGGAAGUCAGCCGGUAUGAAGAUUAACUGCUUCAACCCGCGUCGAGAGCUUCAGGUUUUUUCCCCCCCUCCCAUCCCUCUCCUCCUCUCUUUUCUUUGGUUGUCAGUCAUUGGUAUUUCCCCCCCGGCAACAUCUACAAUCUGAAACCCCAAAAGAGGCAGCUUGGCUACUUAUGGACUUGAUGCUUUUUUUUAAGGGGGGGGGGGAGGCGCCCCUGGCGUGCUCCAAGCACUGCUAUAUUAUAUAUUUUGUUGUUUUUGUUUUUCUUGAUUUAAAAAAAAAAAAAAAAGAAUUAGAAUUUACACACACACACACACACACACACACAAAACCUAGAUAAAAAUCGUCCCAGAGAAGUUUACCUUUUUAAAGUAUGAAAUGAAACAUUUGUAGCUUACUUUUUUUCGCUUUGAAGCCAAUGUUAAAGUGAUACCCACCUUAGGCCCACUGGAUUGCAGAUGCUUUCUGCCUGACACGUCGUUGUGAUCACAAGAUUAAAAAAGAAAACAUGACUCCUUUGUUGAAAUUGGUGUUUUGAAGGAGAAUAUUCCUAAACUUGUAUCGUACUUUGUCCUUUAGCUUGAAGUAGUGAAUGACUUUAGGUGGCUGAAUACGUUAGGCAUCUCGUUUUCUAUAUUAUAAAAAGCAUUGAUUGGAUGUUUUCAAGUUCUAAAGUAUGUUAUGCAUUUUGUAGUAAUCUCACGAGUCAUGGGGAAAAUGCCAAUUUGUCACGUAGUUUUCCUUAAGGGUAUGAAAUAGGUAUUGAAUGUCAAAAGGUAGCUCCCGUCGUUUGCAGUACAAGGAAGCGAAAUAAUUCCCUGUCGAUGUGUUGUGCUUUACACAGUAAAAAUCAAUGUUGCUGAAUCCCCCCCCCCCAAGGAAAAAAAGGAAGCAUUUUGUGUGUCUAGGAAACGUGUGUAUGUAUAUUGUUUCCAUUUAAUUUCCAUUUAGGAGGAUAUAAUUAGUGUAAUAGGUCUUUGUUUGUCCGAUUCCAUUCCAUGGAAAUUACAAGUAUGUUGUACAUACUGCCAACAAUUGUCUUGCAAGUUGAGGCCUCUACCUUUUACUAUGAGACUAUAAAAUAAACUAUUUUAUCCUUUA